GGCCUGGCCGGGGAGCCGCCCGGCUCCUGUGAGUACAAGACGCUGCUGGUGAGCGGGCUGAGCGCGGCCCUGCCCGACCAGCUGCUGGAGGACGGCCUGUUCCGCCUCUUCCAGCGCUUCGCGGGGGGGGGCGCCGGGGACAUCAGUGUCAAACUCUCCCACACGCCCGAGCUCGGCCGCGUUGCCUACGUCAACUUCCGACAUCCCGGGGAUGCCCGCGACGCCCGCCGGCACGCCCGGGCUCGGCAGCUGCUUCUCUACGAUCGGCCCCUCAAGGUGGAGCCGGUAUAUCUGCGCGGGGGCCGGAGGAGCCGCACGCCGCCCCCCGCGCCCUCUCCGGAGCCCCUGGGGUACCUGCCACCCAUCCACAGCACCUACCAGUACAAGCAGAGAUCGCUCUCUCCAGUCACCAGCCCCUUGCUGCGGGAGCCGCGGCCCAGGCACGCUCACGCUGCCGCCGCUGCCUUCGCUUUGGAAGCAGCUGCCAUCGGGCUCUCCCGGGAGCGGGAGAGGGCCCUGGAUUACUAUGGGCUGUACGACGAGCGCGGCCGCCCUUACAGUUACCCUAUUGUGGCUGAGGAAGAUCUGAUGCCGGAGGACGAUCAGAGAGCGACCCGCAAUCUCUUCAUUGGCAACCUGGACCACAAUGUCUCAGAGGUGGAGCUGAGACGUGCCUUUGAGAAGUAUGGCAUCAUUGAAGAAGUGGUGAUCAAGCGCCCUGCCCGGGGCCAAGGCGGGGCUUACGCUUUCCUCAAGUUCCAAAACUUGGACAUGGCACAUCGGGCCAAGGUCGCCAUGUCGGGCCGCGUUGUUGGCAGGAACCCUAUCAAAAUUGGCUAUGGGAAAGCCAACCCUACUACCAGGCUCUGGGUAGGUGGUCUUGGUCCAAGUACUUCCUUGGCUGCCCUGGCGAGAGAGUUCGACCGCUUCGGCAGCAUCAGGACUAUUGACUACGUGAAGGGAGACAGCUUUGCUUAUAUCCAGUAUGAAAGCUUGGAUGCUGCCCAGGCUGCCUGCGCCCAGAUGAGGGGCUUUCCUUUGGGCGGGCCGGAGAGGAGACUCCGAGUGGAUUUUGCCAAAGCAGAAGAAACAAGAUACCCACAGCAGUACCAGCCUGCACCGCUCCCCAUGCACUAUGAACUGCUAGCUGAUGGGUACAGCAGACACAGAAGCCUAGAGCAAGACUUGAGGGUGCGAGAUAGGACUCCUCCGCAUCUCCUGUACUCGGACAGAGACAGGAGCUUUGCAGAGGCAGACUGGGCCAGCCCUGCCAAAAACGCUGAACGCCGAAACAACUUGGAAAGCUACAGCCGAUCAGUGCGUAGCCGGAGUGGAGAGCGCUGGGCCAGCGACAGCGAUCGCAGCGUGCCCAAACUGUGGGAAGAGAGGCGGAAACGCCGGAGUCUUUCCAGUGACCGCGGGAGGACUACUCACUCGCCUUACGAGGACAGAAGCAGGACAAAGGCCAGUGGGCCAGCUUUAGACCGCAGCCCAGACAGGGCUCGCAAAGAGAAUCACACUACAGAAUCCGGAGCCGAGAAAGAGCCGAGUAACUCCCUGCAGAACAAUCGUCAUGCAACUGAGGAGAAACCCCAUCGUGAGGCAUCUGAUGCUCCCCAGCCUAAAAAAAGGGACAGCGAACGCAAUCAUCGAACUGGUGAAUCGGAAUCAAAAACUCACGAGGAGCCAAAAUCUGAGACCAAAAAGCUAAAGAAUUUAUCGGAAUAUGCUCAGACGCUGCAACUUGCUUGGAAUGGACUUCUUGUGCUAAAAAACAGCUGCUUCCCCACCUCUAUGCACAUCCUGGAGGGAGACCUCGGUGUCAUCAACGGACUCCUUAAAGACCAUUCAUCCGGCGGGAAGUUAACGCAGCUCAAAAUCGCUCAGAGACUUCGGCUCGACCAGCCCAAGCUGGAUGAAGUAACUCGCCGUAUCAAACAAGGCAGCCCCAACGGCUACGCUGUGCUCCUGGCGACCCAAUCCGCCCCGGCAGGGGCAGGGGCUGAGGGGACCUUCCCUGUUGUAGAGCCUGGCUUGCAGCGACGGCUUCUCAGGAAUCUGGUCUCCUACUUGAAACAGAAGCAGGCUGCUGGGGUUAUCAGCCUGCCCGUGGGAGGGGCAAAGGGCAGAGACAGCACAGGCAUGCUUUACGCGUUCCCUCCUUGUGAAUUCUCUCAGCAGUACCUCCAGUCAGCACUAAGGACAUUGGGAAAGUUAGAAGAAGAACAUAUGGUGAUAGUUAUAGUCAAAGACACUGCCUAGCCCACACUGUCUUUUCAAAUUCCAUGUUUUCUUUGUGUGUCACACAACCCAGUUGUUUUUAAGGCCGAUCAUUUUGGUGGAGGCUCAAAACACCUUGACCAAAGUGGUAAGAUUUUUAGUUCUAAUUAAUUUUAAUACCAUUUAAAUAGAGCCCAUUUUAUUCGUUUUUAAUAUGUGACACUGUCCGCUGUUGUUCUGUAUUUUUAUUUUUUAACUGUAUGAAAAGUUGUCAGUAAAGCCUUGUUCACUGAUGGAUUUCUAAA